AUGUCAACGGAUAAAAUCCCGCCCAACCGUGGGGCCUCUGUGCCUGACGUGAUUGCUGUCGGUGAAUCGAAUGUGUCCCAGGCAGAAUGGCUUGCGAAGCAACAGAUCGACACCAAAGAGCGUGUCAAUUUGAAGAAGCUGUCCCACAUGCGGUAUCAACAUCCUGACCUGGAAGAAAUUCAGGCGUUCAUGCUUGAUUUUGGGAUGGAAAUCGCGAAAAAGACCGAAGAAGAAAUGUGGUUUAAAGGAUAUGGACCUGAUCAAUACGUGUACUAUGCGCGCAAAGGACCCAAAAAGUUCCUCGGUGCUGUUUUCGAGGCCCAGAGCAAAGAAGACUUUGACAGAGCAGCAAGCCUCCCCACAGCAAGUGCAGUGGAAGAAUUGAGCCAAGCGCCGGGUGGUGGAUGCUUGGUGACCCUUACCGACCCAGAAGGAUUCCCAGUGAAUGUUGUCUUCGGUCAGGAGCCGACGCACAUUGAAGUUUCUCAUCCCGCAAGGCUCACCUUGAAUUUCCCCGGCGAGAAGCCGAGACAGCGUAAAUUCAAUCGUUUCGAACCGGGACCAGCAGCUGUUCACAAGCUGGGUCACUUUGGAUACGCGACACAGCAACUUCAAUCGCAGCUGGAAUUCUAUACGUCGACCUUCAACAUAGUCCCAACGGAUCUGCUGUACAUCGAGAUAGAAGGCCAGAAAGUUCUCGUGACUAUGUUCGCCCACCUUGAUCUCGGGGAGACCCAUACUGAUCACCAUUCGUUUUUCCUGAGCUCUAAUCCCAAGGCCGCUCAUGUUCAUCACUGUUCAUUUGAAGUCAAUGACUAUGAUACUCAGCAGCUGGGGCAUCAAUGGCUUGCCAAGAAAGGCUACAAGUCUGUGUGGGGGGUGGGUCGUCACAUUCUGGGGUCGCAGAUUUUCGACUAUUGGUGGGAUACUACGGGGAACAUGGUCGAGCACUAUGCCGAUGGCGAUUUGGUCAACAAGGACACGCCUAUUGGACAAAUUCAAGCUGGAAGUGAAGCUUUGGCUGUAUGGGGUCCGGAGGUUCCUGCUUCGUUUUUGCAGUAA